AUGGGAACUACACGAACGACAACAUCGCGUCAAAAAAUCACCAGCUCCUCGCCGGCGCAACCUCGAGCCUACAGCGCGAGCACAAUCGGCAAGACACGGUCAACAACCAAGAGAAAGCUGGACGCCGGUGAAGGCAUCGAAUCAUUGACCACUCCAGUAAAAAAUGCGCGCAGACGAGCGAAUAACGUCUCUGCAGCCUCAGCUGGCUCCAUCGUGAUCGAUUUGACCGCAGACUCGCCCGUCACGACUCCGACCAAGAAGACUCGAAGCCCCAAGAAGCGAUGCUCUGGCGAGCCGACUCCCGAGCGACGCGCUAGGCCGUUCCGUAAGCAGGCUCCCAAGUGUAUAAUGGCUAGGCUGGUGCGGGCAAGAACCCAGAGGAUGUGCGUCGUGGAACAUUCUGUCACCGAGGUCGAUGAUGCGCCCGAAGUCGUGUUUAAAAUGGCGGGAACAACUGGAAAUCUGUACAAGAUCGUCAUUGGGAAGGUGCCUUCCUGCGAUUGUCCGGAUGGAGACAAAGGAAAUCAGUGCAAGCACAUAUUCUACGCCCUAAUAAACGCUCUCAAAGCCCCGGAACAUCUCCAGUAUCAGCUGGCAUUCUUAUCCUCGGAACUUCGUGAAAUGUACCAGUCAUCACCCCUCAGCCGCCAAAAAGAAGAACCGGAGGACAACAACGGCAAGCGCAAGCCCAUCGAAGGAGACUGUCCCAUCUGCUUCAUGGAACUCGAGCCAGAGAAAGACGAGAUCGUUUGGUGCCGCGCAGCAUGCGGGAAUAACGUCCACAAGACGUGUUUCCAGAAAUGGGCGGCAACGCAGAACGCGCAGGGGGUCCGUUGCGUUUACUGCCGUUCUGCGUGGGAGACCAGUAGUAGCGAACUGGAUCUGGAACAGCUCACCAAGAACGGAUACGUCAACGACGAAGGUUAUGUCAAUGUGGGGCAUCUGCUCGGCAUGCCUGGCCAACGCGGUACGAGACCAUCCCUGUACUUGCUCCCUUCGUCUGGUUCUUCGUUUCUCGUGGAAAGGUUACUAAUCAUCAACGGUUGGUGA